AUGGCUGACUUCCUCUGCGCCCACGCCGCACGGCGAGUGCCGCCGAUCCACAAGCAGCCAAUCCAGCAGAAGGGCAGCGCGGUCCGUUCUUACCUCCUCCAGCAGCUCCGCGGCACAUUUGCAUUCGCAGCCCCGCACGGGGUCCGCAUCGCAUUUGGGAAGCAGACGACGUGCCGCAGCUUCAACCACGAGUUCGAGUGCCGGUAUAAAAUCUCGCUCGAAGUGCAAAUCAUCCUGUCCAAGCCCGGCUUCGACAAGCUCUUCGUGCACCGCCGAGAACUGCCCCCAGGGCCUCCGCGCCUCCGCUUUCAGUUGAGCACGAUCAUCGACCAGACCGUCCACUCCGUGCUCAAGAAAUUGCUGCGCGACGGAUGCAAGCUGCAGCUCAAAAUCAACCACACGGUGAUGCAGCCCAACUGCAGCGGCGCCACGGCCGAGGUCGAGCCGCACAUCCCCGUCGGCGGCGGCGCAACGGCGGCGGAUGACGACAGCAUGAAGCAGCUCGUGCCUGCGCCUCCGCUACCAAUGGGGGAGUGCUUCGUCUGCGCCGACCCGCUGGUCUGCCCGCUAACCUCGUCGACGUUCUGCAUCGAAGACGAGGCCAUGGUGGUGUGCAGUGCAUGCUCCGCCCUCGCCGAGUUGGAUCGCAUCCCACCGAACGAUGCCGCGCCGACCCGUCCUGCGGCCGUGGCCCGCGAGCCGUCCAACGUAGUUACAUGA